UCUACCACUCUAAGCUUUCUGGUUCCAGAGAGAAGCAAAGCACAAUUCAGUAAACACUAAAAUUCAUCACAAAUUCAGUAAGGAAAGCACUGCAAAUCAUCUUUAAUGGGAAACACAUCUUGUAUCAUUACUAGUAAUUCAAAAACUAAGGUGCUCAAAUGGGAUGGAGGUUUAAGAGUCUAUAGUAGGCCAGUGAAAGCAGCAGAACUAAUGCUGAAUAAUCCAGGACAAUUUGUUUGCCCUUUUAGCAUCGUGCAGAUAGGCAACCGCGUUACUGGAUUGUUAGCUGAUGAUGAGUUAGAACCUCAUAACUUGUAUUUCCUACUUCCUAUGGAUUUGCUUUACUCAGUCCUAACAACUGAUGAGGUUAGCUAUAUGAGUACCAAGGCACAAAAGGCAGCAAAGUUUGGCAGCUUGGUAAAGAAAUUUCACCUUUUUGCUGAAUUUACCAUGUUUCCAUCAGAGGCAAAGAGAUCAGAAACAGACAGCAAGGUCAACAUAAAAGAACCAGAUACUUAUAAAACAGUUUUCGGCCACAGAUCAUGGAGACCUGCAUUAGAAACCAUUUUUGAAGCUACCUAAUACAUAUCAUCAUAAUUGAUCCUUUUUUUUCCUCCUUUGGUGAAUGGGUGUGUUCAAUAUUCAGGCUGUUGUACAAAUAUUACUCAAAUUAGAGGU